AUGCAAGCAACUCAUAAUCCCACCUCUGAGGAUGCAGCUGUCAAUGAUGCCCCAGGCCCCAGCAACCGAGACGUGAUGGAACACAUCGAAGAAGGGUUAACGAGUGCAAGUAAGCACAUUAACGCAAGUGACGAGAAUCCAUCAAGAGGAGUUACAAACAUCAGAGAGAGUGUGGAGCAGAGCCUCGCUCGAUUCUACUUGAGGCUGAAGGCCAAGUUGCUUGUUCCCGCUUCAACAAUACAGUGCAUUGUAGACGAACUGAAAACUGUCCAUCACUUGAACUUGUCCUGCAUUUCCGCUCAUCUCGAGGAGAACCUACGGAAUGAUGCGCACGCACUCGAAGGACGUUCUCUCCUGGAAGCAAUGCAGGGUGGCGAUGUAUUCGGUGAAUUACAUGCGACGAGACUUGCCACUACACACACUCGCACUUUAUACUUGAAGGAAAAGUUCUCGCCAGUUGAAGGGAUGUCCGUUUUGAUUGGCCGUGACAGUAACAACAAGCAAUGCUUUGCAGAGUACAUCCCCAUAAAAGAAACCCUUCUUCAUCUGCUUUCUACUCCAGCUGUUCUUGAUGCCGUCAGGCAACCAGUUCAGGCAGGUGACGGAGACAAGCUCUUAGAUAUAACAGAUGGAUCGUUGCACAAAGAACACCCAUUUUUUCACACUGCAAGUGGGUCACGCCAAAUUGAGAUUAUGUUAUACCAAGAUGCGUUUGAGGUGGUUAAUCCUCUUGGACCAGCGAAGAAAAAACACAAGAUCGUCGGAGUGUAUUUUACCUUGGCUAACUUUCUCAAGCAUCUCCGUUCCACACGCGAUCACCUGCAACUAACUCUACUCUACAGGGAAAGUCUCAUUAAGAACUUUGGCGCAGACAAAGUAUUUGCAAAACUAAUAGCCGACCUCAAGGACUUAGAACAUAAUGGCAUCACCAUUGGGAACGAAUGCUUCAAAGGCAGCAUCUUCUGUAUCAUUGGAGAUAACCUGGGACAGCACAGCAUUGGAGGAUUUGUGGAAAGCUUCAGCAGAUCAUUACAUUUUUGUCGUUUCUGUGAUAUUGAGCGUGCUCACUUCGUGGUGCAUCCAGAAGAGCUUGGAGUUCUGCGUACUACGGAGAGCUACGAAGCUGCUGUUACCAAUGCUGAGAGCAGCAACACAAUCGUACAGGGUGUAAAGACAAACAGCUGUUUUAAUCAGUUGGAAUUCUUCCAUGUUUGCCAACCAGGACUUCCCCCUUGCUUAGGACAUGACCUGUUUGAAGGCAUAGUCGCCUGUGACCUGGCCCUCUACAUCAGACAUUUUGUGAGGGUCCGCAAGUGGUUUUCUUACCCGAAGCUGAACUAUGAACUUGCGAAUUUCAAGUACAUGGCUUCAGAUUCAAGCAGUAAACCAUACGAAGUAGCCGAACACGCAAAGAAGAUUGCAGGAACAGCUGCAUCAACCUGGACCCUACUUAGACUGCUGCCUCUUUGUAUCGGCCACUAUGUGCAGGAUUUUGAAGACCCUGUAUGGUGUCUAUUAUUGACCUUGAGGAAGAUUGUAGAUAUUGUCUGCUCACCAUGCCUAAACAAUAGUACAGUAGCAUACCUCCAGGUUCUAAUUGAGGAGUACUUGUGUGACAGGAAAGAACUUUUCAAGUCGUCACCACUGCUGCCAAAGCACCAUUACCUACUUCAUUACCCUCGCCUCAUGAUUCAGUUUGGGCCACUCAUCAACUUGUGGACGAUGCGCUUUGAGAGUAAGCAUUCUUAUUUCAAGCACUGCGUCCCGCACCUCCUCUCAGACGGAUUCUUUGAGCCCGACAUCUCCACUAAAGCCGUGAUGCCAAUACAGACUUCAGCAUACUGUGCCGGUAUCCAAUCAUCCAUUAAGUCAUGCGGCAUCGAUGAACAGAACAGUACUGUUACCAGUCAGAUGGAUAUUGUUGAGCUCGAGGUCUCUACUGCCCUGCCAGCACUUUCGGAUCAGGAAGUCUCCACAGUUCUUGCAAAAUUAAAAGAAAUCGGUGUUCAAACAGGGGAAUAUUUGAGGUUCUUAGAUGAGCCAGACCUUCGUGGGGUGCUGAAACCAAUACAGAUUAGGAGAUUCCUCUCCACAGUGAUGGCUCUGUUCCUGAGUCAGGUUCCUCUUUUAGCACGACACCGUCUUGCACAUCUCAUUUGCAAGUCCCCUCAGUGCCGGACACCCAACAACAUCAGUGUGAAAGCAAAGCUUCGAACGUGGACCCCAACUGGCCAGUAA